AAAAUCAACGUGUCAGUUUUAUAUUGAUUGAAAACGCGCAUGUUCAGUUACGAAAUAUUUAUUGUAUUAUUUUACGUGGUACUGUUUAUCUGAAAAAUUCGGACUAUUAUAAUCAUUUAUAUAUUGGCUAUAAUUGAAAUGUUUAAUGAAGUAAUGAUCUAUAAAACGCUAUAAAAUAAAUUAUACAAAUAUUGCGACUUAUAUUUAAGAGUAAUUAUUCAUUAGUCUUUAAGUAAAUGCUGGUGUAAAGUAGUGACCGGUACGUCCCAGUAGAAUAAUGCGAAAAACCAAUGUUAUCUCUUUUCUUUUCUUAAGCUUGUUUAUUUUACUUUAUAUGUCUGCUUCUGUAAAGUGCGACAAAGCACCUUCAAGUGAAGAACUCAAAGCUCAAAAAUUUCCUCCGUGCGCGGCUUGCAAGAUUUUAGUCAAUAGUUUUAAGAACGGUAUAGAAAGGACUAGCCGUGAAAAAUUUGAUGGUGGUGAUAGUGCAUGGGAGGAAGAUAAAUUAGGUUCAUAUUCAAAAAGUGAAACUAGAUUAAUAGAAAUACAAGAGCAUUUAUGUGAGGAAGUAGAACGUGGUAAAACACAAUGUCAGUCCUUAGCUGAAGAAUUAGAAAAUAAAAUAGAAGAUUGGUGGUUUAAUCAUCAGCAGGCAUACCCAGAUAUUUAUAAUUAUAUAUGUAUUGAACAACUAGAAUCUUGUUGUCCAAAAGACCAUUUUGGUCCAGAAUGUAAACCAUGUCCAGGUUUUCCAGAUAAGAUUUGCAAUAACAAUGGUAAAUGCAAAGGAGCAGGCACUAGAAAAGGAAAUGGUAAAUGCUUGUGUGAUAGAGGCUAUGAAGGAGAUGAUUGUUCUGAAUGUGCAGUUGGAUUUUAUGAAUCCUACAAAGAUGAAAAUAAAUUACUUUGUUCUCAAUGUCAUAAUGCCUGUGAUGGAUCCUGUAAAGGACCAGGACCAAAAAAUUGUGAAAAAUGUAUAAAAGGAUGGCAUAUGAUAGAUGGACAAGGUUGCUUUGAUAUUGAUGAAUGCAUAAAAAGUAAUGAAUAUUGUCUUGGGAAUCAAUUUUGUAUUAAUAAGGAAGGAGGAUAUACAUGUUUAAAUUGUGAUAAGGCUUGCAAUGGGUGCACAGGUGAUGGACCAGAUAUGUGUAUAAAAUGUGCAGAGGGAUACCGCAAAAAAAACAAUUUUUGUAUAAAUUCUGAUUUAUUGGGUCGUAAACAACAAGAGAAUAUUGCAAGAUAUGCUACAUAUUUUGGUCUGUGUAUUGCCACAUGCAUUAUCUUCCAGCGAAAUAUUUAUAUAGCAAGUGUAAUUGGAUUAUUAGUUGGAAUAUACAUAUCUGUUUCAGAGUAUAUGAUAGCUCAUAGUAAUGUUCAAGAUACAACAGCAAAUAUAGAUAUUUUAGGACCAGCAUAAAUAAUAUAUGUAUAAUAUUAUUCAUAAUAUUUUAAUAAAUUAUAAUAUUUUAAACUU